AUGUCUUCUAUACCCGAUCCCGAAAAGGGAGAGUGCUCACCUACAUCUUCCCCUCCAUCCAUCCAUUCCUCCACCGACAGCAUCACCACUGCGCAAUCAGAAGAACAAGACUUUGACAACGAAAAGAAGACGGUCCGCAAUCAAAUUCUCGAGGACAAUCCUGAGCCUCAUCAUGACGCUCUUGUCCCAACCGUCAGCUUAGCAACGGCAGCGCAGCCCACGGGCGACGCAGCUGGACAAGAAGCUGGCCGCUCCCGGUCUAGGGCUUCAACUACGCGAUCAAGGACUCUCAACGUCAUUCCUCGCUCUCAGCGCCGUGGGCUUCUGGGCCGUUUUGCUGUUGUGCCCGAGGUUGACCGUCCUUAUGAUUACAAGAACUCGACCAAAUGGGGCAUCACUUUGACUAUUGCUGUGGCAACUGCUGCUGCUCCUCUCGGUUCCUCCAUCUUUUACCCUGCUCUCCCUGAGAUGACCAAAAGUCUCAACACCACCGAAGACAUUGCCAACCUCUCUGUCGCCCUUUACAUGAUCUCCAUGUCCAUCUUUCCCCUCUGGUGGUCGUCCUUCUCAGAGCAAUUCGGCCGCCGCUCAAUCUACAUCAUCUCCUUUGCCCUCUUUCUCAUCUUUGCUAUUCUCUCCGCCGUUUCCACCAACAUCGCCAUGCUCAUCGUCUUCCGUAUCUUCACUGGCGGUGCUUCCGCCUCUGUCCAAGCGGUUGGUGCCGGCACCAUUGCCGACAUCUGGGAGUCUCAUGAGCGAGGCCGUGCUAUGAGCAUGUUUUAUCUUGGACCGCUGCUUGCACCCCUGAUUGCACCCAUCGUUGGAGGUGCUCUGGCCCAGGCAUGGGGAUGGAAGGCGACCAUGUGGUUUCUUGCAAUUUACGGGGUCGUCAUCUUGGCCAUGUUAAUCUUCUUCCUUCCUGAGACGCUGGCACGAAAGAAGGUUGAGACCAGGAAACUCGCUGCGAGCGCCAAACAGGUAUUUAUUGAUCCCCUCAAGGUGCUCCUCUUUCUCCGAUUCCCUCCGGUAUUCAUCACUGUCUUUACCGCUGCCAUUGCUUUUGGUGCCCUAUUCAUCUCCAACAUUUCUAUCCAGCAAAAGUUCUCGCAGCCUCCUUACAACUAUAGCGAGAUCAUCGUUGGCUUGCUCUACCUCCCUGCGGGCUUGGGCUACUUCAUCGCCUCCCUCUUUGGAGGCAGAUGGAUCGACAAGAUCAUGGCUAGACAGGCCAUUAAAGCAAAUCGAUAUGACGAAAAUGGCAAGCUUAUCUACUUGCCUGAGGAUCGUUUCAGGGAGAACAUGUGGCUGGCUAAUACCAUGUACCCUAUUGGAUUGUUGAUUUACGGCUGGACGCUCAACUAUGGUGUCAUUUUCAUUGUUCCUGCAAUUGGCAGCUUCAUCUUUGGCGCGUCAUCCAUGCUCGUCUUUUCUGCUGCCACCACCAUGCUCACGGAAUUCGUGCGCAAGAAGAGCUCUGCCGGCGUUGCAGUCAACAAUUUUGUUCGCAACAUUCUCAGCUGCGUCGGCGUCAUUGUCGCGGCUCCGUGGAUUGACGCAAUUGGUGUGGGAUGGGUGUUCACCACUGUGGCUUUGUUUUGUAUGAUUGCCGGUUACAUUGGCAUUUGGACGUUGAGGAGGAAUGCGCCUGAGUGGAGGAAACAGAUGGAUGAGGCGUUGAAGAACAUAUAA